AUGGCUGCAGCAUUGGCUGGGAAGAAUGAAGUGGUCGAACUUCUGGUGUCGAAGAAAGCUGACCUCAAACUGAUUGAUGACUGCAGCAACAACAUUCUCCAUCUUGCAUGCCGGGGUGGAAAUACAUUAGUUAUUGAGUUUCUCCUGCUGCUGUUUGAUGUAAGCGUUCCUGGAGAAGAUGGAUUUACACCAUUAAUGAUGGCAGCUCUCAGUGGGAAGAAGGAGGCUUACGAUCUGCUAGCAACAAGAGGGGCCGGUAAAUCAUCGCUUACCUCUGAGGGUGAUAAUGUUCUCCAUGCUGCUUGUCAAGGGGGAAAUGUGGCAAUUGUAAAGGAAGUGGUUGACAGCUUUGACAUCAACUGUAGAGGAAAGAAUGGUCAGACUCCUUUAAUGAGGGCAGUCUGCGGCGGCCAUAUUGCUGUCUACAAAAACCUGGUGUCAAGUAGUGCUGAAAGCACGCUAGUGGACAAAGAUGGACGCACUCUUCUACAUCUUGCCAGUCGUCAUGGGCAGCUUGCCGUGUUGAAACACAUCAUUGAUGGCUUUGAUGUCAACACCAAGGACAAUAUGGGCUUGACACCUGCCAUGACGGCAGUACUACAUACACAAGGUGCUGUACUCAAAUACCUGAAAGAUGAAGGGACAGAUUUGUCUUUAGUUGACAACACUGGAGACGACGCCCUUACUCUCGCCCUUAAACUUGGGAGCAGACAAGUCAUAAAACAACUGGGCAGAAAACAUGAUAAGAAAGUGACACCAUGGAAAGAGCUGAUGAAGUUUCUGGUAAGAGGGGAACUAACUAUCCUGAAGACUUUCAUCCAAAGUAGUCCAGAUCUUGUUGAGAAAGACCAAGCUGGAGACACUUUACUCCACCUUGCUUGCCGUGGAGGCAACAGACACUGUGUGGAGUACCUGCUCCCGUCCUAUGACAUCAAUGUCCAAGGUCGGUACAACUGGACACCGGUGAUGAUGGCGGCUGCAUGUGGACAUGCUGAUGUCUUUCAGUUGCUGGUGGAUCACAAGGCAGGUCUCUAUCAUGUCUCAGACACAGGAGAGGACAUCCUCGCUCUAGCUCGUCGGGCGAAUAAUACCGAAAUUAUUGCAUACUUGGAAAAAAGUGAGUGA